UGCAAAAAAGAAAAUAUCUGACGAAAUAAAAGAGCUACAUAUCUAUCUACAGCCACUCCCUCAAAAAAACGGACCAAAGAUGGUUUGUGACUGCUGUAAAAACCCAUAUUGUGAGUUCCUGUGGAGACAUUAUACUCCCGUUGUGCGAAUAUGGGGGAUGGGAACAGCGGCAGCUUUCUGGGCUGUUGGGAUCACAGCAUUACAAACGUCAGACUUCUUUGGUAUAUACUUUAUAGUUGUUGCGUCAAUCAUCACAUUACUGGAAGUGAUUUUCUUCUUUGAACCCUGUUUUGAAAAAUGUUGCUCACCCGACAGUUGCUGUGGCAAGACAUGGACCAUCGUCUCGUGGCUGGAUAAUUGGAAAAGAAGUGCCAUCUACAUUGCACUCUCCGUCAUAUGUUAUCUUGACAGUAAAAACAUCUGGGCGAUAGUUGCUGCGGUGGUAUUAGACACCCUUGCGAUACUCUACAUGCUGCGUACGUAUCAGCAACAGGCCAUCAGACACGCCGGCGACCUGUCACCCGAGGAGGGUGCUCCGUCCGCCAGUGGCUACUCUCGUUUUGAUGAAAAGAAAGCGAAGAAGGAAACGGAUAGCCUUGUGGCGUCCUCAGUGGAGAAAAGGGAGCGCAAAGAGGAAAGUACAAACCCAUUUGAUGAUGAUGCCGACCCCGAAGGCGACGCUGGGAUUUCAAGGUACCCACAGUAUUAAAGAGGUUAAGAGAAGCUGCUUAUUUUGGAACGGUUCUCUUUAAACCCCAGUCCCAAUUUCAUAGCUCUGUUUCUGCAAAAUAUUUUGGGAAAGCUCCACAAAAA